CUUGAAGCUAGAAUGUGAAAAACUGGCAACGGAAAAGACAGAAAUCCAGCGCCAUUACGUCAUGUACUACGAGAUGUCCUAUGGCCUCAACAUCGAGAUGCACAAGCAGACGGAGAUCGCGAAGCGGCUCAACGUGAUCUGCGCCCAGCUCAUCCCGUUCCUGUCGCAGGAGCACCAGCAGCAGGUGGUCCAGGCAGUGGAGCGAGCCAAGCAGGUGACUAUGGCAGAGCUGAAUGCGGCCAUUGGGCACCAGCUGCAGGCUCAGCACCUCUCACACCAUGCGCCGCCCAUCCCGCUGACCCCGCACCCCUCGGGCAUGCAGUCCAGCGCCUUGGCCAGCAUCGGCAGCGCCUCGGGGCUGCUCGCGCUCUCCGGGGCCCUGGGGGCGCAGGCCCAGCUGGUCCCUAAAGACGACCGAGGGCUUCAUGAUGCCGAGCACCGAGAGAGAGACCCGGGUCCUAGCGCCCUGGCGCUGCCCAACGGGGAGCGGACCCGCACCCUCUCCGACUACCUGAGCGGCAGCAAGAAGAGGAAGGCGGAGGAGAAGGACUUCGUCACCGACUACGGCAGCGAUGCAGACAAGAGCGAGGACAACCUGGUGGUGGACGAGGACCCGGCAUCCCCUCACAGCGUCCACUCAUACUCGUCGCGGGAGAACGGGGCAGAGAAGGGACUGCUGGGGCGCAAGGAGGCCAUGCCGCUCAGCCCCACCUCCAUGGCCUCAUCCCGCAGCACUUCCCCGUCCCGGAGCAAGGACCCACCCACGGUACCGCAUCUCCUGCCUGGGCAGGUGGAGAAGGCCGGGACGCCCGGCUUGAAGUCCAGCACCCCGACGUCGCAGGGCGAGUCCGCGGGCCCUGGCUCCAGUAGCAGCGUCGGGCAGCAGUUCCGCCCGAGCACCGCCAAGACCUCGGUGGACUCGCUGGCGCUGGGCCUGAGGAACCCGCUGGCCAUGCAGAGCUCGUACCCAGCAGCCUUUGGCAUGGCCCACCCCUCCGUCAACGGCGACAUGGCCGGCGCUGGCACCUACGCGGGGCUUCAGCUCAUGUCCCCGCAGCUUAAUGGGGCGGCUGCGGCAGCUGGUGGCUAUGGCCGUUCUCCUCUGGUGGGCUAUGACCCCCAUCCCCACAUGUGCGUGCCCGGGCUGGCAGCUGGCAUGCAGGCGGGGACCUCGGGCAAGCCAGCCUACUCCUUCCACGUGAGCGCCGACGGGCAGAUGCAACCGGUGCCUUUCCCCCCUGAUGCCCUCCUGGGCUCCGGCAUCCCCCGGCACGCCCGGCAGCUGCACACCCUGACCCACGGCGAGGUGGUCUGCGCCGUCACCAUCAGCAACUCCACGCGGCAUGUCUACACAGGCGGCAAGGGCUGCGUGAAGGUGUGGGACGUGGGGCAGCCAGGCACCAAGACGCCUGUAGCCCAGCUGGACUGCCUGAACCGCGACAACUACAUCCGGUCUUGCAAGCUCCUGCCGGAUGGCCGCAGCCUCAUCGUGGGGGGGGAAGCCAGCACCUUGUCCAUCUGGGACCUGGCUGCCCCCACCCCGCGCAUCAAAGCCGAGCUGACCUCCUCGGCGCCCGCCUGCUACGCCCUGGCCAUCAGCCCCGACGCCAAGGUCUGCUUCUCCUGCUGCAGUGACGGCAACAUCGUCGUGUGGGACCUGCAGAACCAGACACUGGUCCGGCAGUUCCAGGGCCACACGGACGGCGCCAGCUGCAUUGACAUCUCCAACGAUGGCACCAAGCUGUGGACGGGGGGGCUGGACAACACCGUGCGGUGCUGGGACCUGCGGGAGGGGCGCCAGCUGCAGCAGCACGACUUCAGCUCCCAGAUCUUCUCACUGGGGUACUGCCCCACGGGCGAGUGGCUGGCCGUGGGCAUGGAGAGCAGCAACGUGGAGAUCCUGCACGUCACCAAGCCUGACAAGUACCAGCUGCACCUGCACGAGAGCUGCGUUCUCUCGCUCAAGUUUGCCGCCUGCGGCAAGUGGUUUGUGAGCACGGGCAAGGACAACCUGCUCAACGCCUGGAGGACGCCAUACGGCGCCAGCAUCUUCCAGUCCAAGGAAUCCUCCUCCGUGCUCAGCUGCGACGUCUCCACUGACGACCAGUUCAUCGUCACCGGCUCCGGGGACAAGAAGGCCACCGUGUACGAGGUCAUUUACUGAGCGCUGAUGGCUGGGGGACCCCGGGGCACCCAUCCCACCCCCACCUCCCCUCUGUCUGGAUGCAGCUGCGACGGCCGUUUCCAAAGACCCCCCCUUCCCCUCCCAGUUGGGAGGUGGAGCAGCGCUGAGCUGUGGGGGUCCCCACCAGGAUCCCUCUUCGCCUACAGGGGCUCAGGGGCGCUGGCGGUGUGGCUCACAGUCCCAGGACUCUGCCUCUGCUCCCGCUGGGUUUCUGCUUCGGACUCCGGCAGCCGUUGGGGAUUUUUUUUUUACCGGCUCUUUUUGUUGCUGCCAAGGCUGGGCGGGUGGCGCCGGGGCCGGCGUCUAGGUUGUAUUUAAUAAAAAAGAGAGAAAACAG